AUGGGGGAUAUACCGCCCCUGCUCGUGCCGCCCUCUGUGGGUGGCGUUAGCAGCGACGAUACGGCGCCAAGUGGCGCCCUCUUCAGGUACCAGCUGGUACUGCGAUCCGCAUCACUGACCAGCACAACCCAAUUUGUGCGAAUUUGCAACGCGGGAAAAGCGAUGCCACCAAAAGAGAGGGAGAAAGCUUGCUCCGGGGCCAGCAAGCCGGGAAAACGGAGCCACGGGGAACCCUUCGUUCCUGCAUCCCAGGUUUGGGAUACGCCGGAAAGGCAAUUAUGGCUAUCGCAAAUCGAAGCCCAAUUCGUUCUGGCGGGAAUAACCUCGGACGAAACGAAAUUUAACACAAUCCUAGCGUCAAUCGAAGCACCGGUGUUAGCCCGAAUUGCCGACGCCAUCGUCAACCAACCACGCACAGUCAAGUACGAAAAUUUGAAAUCGUGCAUCCUGGAACGCUUCUGCGAAAGCGAACAAAAGAAAAUCCAGAAGUUAAUAUCGGAGACCGACCUUGGUGACAAGCGCCCCACGCAACUGCUCAACGAGUUAAACGCACUCGCGGCAAACAAAGUUCAAGAAUCUUUUCUGAAAGCACUGUGGCUGCAGCGCUUACCAACACAAGUGCAAGCGAUCUUGCAAGCAUCGGACGCCAGCCUCGCAAACUUAGCUAAGUUGGCAGAUAAAGUGAUGGAAGUCGGUGAUUUUCAUCAGGUACGCACCAUCGACGCCAAGUCGGCGCCAACCAGCAGCGCCGUUUCCGACGAUCGUCUAGACCGCAUCGAACAACAAAUCAACGCGCUCUUCAGAAACCGUUCUGGGGAAACUGCUGGAGACAUGUGUUGGUACCACAGCAAAUUUGGUAACGCCGCCAAGAAAUGUCGCCAACCAUGCUCUUUUGCAUCCGAACCUAAAACCUAA